AUGAAUAGCUGCAGUGGCGCUGCCAAGUUGCCUAUAGAGAUAUGGCGCGAAUGCUGGGCCUAUUCCAGCCGAUCUGAUCUCAAAGAGUUGGUGCAAGUCUGCCGCCUGUUCAACCAGCUGGGCCGAGUCUCUCUCUUUUCUCAGCUCUCCUUCGCAGGUUUGGAAAUCGACGGCUUGGUCUCGUCCCCAGACUCCAAAGCCAAUGUACGCAGGCUGAUGAGAACCGCGCACCGGUUCCAGGCGCUCAAGUCGGAUUCGCGCGCUUGCGAGCUGCGUUCCAUCGUCCAAGGCUUCUCGUUCGUGGGCAUCAAGGAUACCUACUAUUCCAAGAACGGCAGAUUCAGCCAAUGGGAAAGCGUGCACGACGCGUUUGAGCAGUCGAUAGAGGCGUUCAUCGCGCUGCUGCCGCAUCUGCCCCACCUUCGCGUCCUCCACCUAUCUUGGUUGAACGUCGAUAACGACAUUUGGCGCACGUUGCAUGAGCUGCAGGGUCUGAACACCCUCAAGCUUCAGGACUGCCGCAUGAGCUGCGAUACGAUGAUCCGGAUGUGUGUGGAGACACUCGAGAUCACGAAGCCGAUCAGGGAGUUUGAGAGUCCGUGGCUUGUCACGUUGAUGACGCUCGAGACAUCCCGCUUGAAAAGCCUCACUCUGUACGAUGACUGCUGCACGAACGCCCUGCUGUCGUGGCUUUCGUCUCAGAGGACGUACGACCACCUCACCCGUCUCACGAUAUUCGUCGACGGGCGCCACAACGACGCCUUGUUCGCGCUCCUCCGCCUCGCGCCCCGCCUCUUGUCCCUAUGCAUCACCGGCUGGUCGAUCAUCUCGCACUACCCCAGCUCGCUCUCGGCUGACAUCAUGCCCCACCUCCACUCGUUCGAAGGCCCCUACUUCCUCGCCGAUCUGAUCGUCCCCGGACGGCCCGUGACGGAGGUCAAGGCGUACAUGUGGUCCGUGACGCCCAGGAUCAUCGUCGGCUCCGAUACGCUGGCGUCGGUGACGGUGUCGACGCUGUCCCAGCUGUCGACGUCGGCGCGCCCGGUGCGGAAGCUGACGCUGGUGUGUUUGCUCUCGCGCCUCGAGCUGUUCGACGCGGUGGCGGGGUAUCUUCCCAAUCUUCGGUGUCUUGAUGUGAUCUUGGAUAUGCAGGAUGUGGACGAGAGCGUGGAGGAGCCUGAUAUGCUGUUGCUGCCUCUGGAUUUGACUCGGAAUUCGUUACAGACGGUAGGGAAUGGAGGCCUUCCUGAACGGCGCAGUCAUUCUCUCCAGGGCAUCGUCCGGCGGCUUGCCGUCAGAUACACGCCACUCCCCUCUCAUCUAGAGGUCCUGCGGAUAGGGUAUGGACCCGAGGUGUCCCCCGUCGUGUUCGGAGCGGACGAGGGGCAUUGCGUGGAGAGACUUGCGAGGGCGUAUCCGUGCUUGCACGAGAUAUACCUCGGUGAUCUUGUUUGGCGUAGGAGAGGCGGGGUGUGGACGUCGGCGCCGUGUGUGGAAGGUUUGGAGCUUUGA